AUGGGUGAUCCUGCGCCAGAACGGGAACCCAAGAAGCUGAUUCUAUGUUUCGACGGGACCGGAAACACUUUCAGUGGAUCUAACGCCGACACCAACGUGGUUAAGAUCCUGAAUAGGCUUGACCGUAAUGAUCCUCGCCAAUACCACUAUUACCAAACUGGUGUUGAUACAUAUGAUAUUAAUGAAAAGUCUGUCAAUAAGACUUGGUUGGGCUCGAUACAGAGUUCAAUCUCCCAAACCAUCGAUCAAGGGAUUGGAACGACCUUUGACGCACACGUUAUGGCGGGCUAUCGCUUCUUGAUGCGCUAUCAUGAUUCCGGUGACAAGAUUUAUAUGUUCGGCUUCAGCCGCGGCGCCUUUACAGCCAAGCUCUUGACUCGUAUGAUCAACGCAGUUGGCCUACUGUGCAAGGGCAAUGAAGAGAUGGUUCCGUUUGCCUAUCGCCUUUACCAGAAGUACCUAGCCAGCGGCAAGAAAGAUUACAAAUACUCUCACCCACGGCACAGCGCAACUUUUCAAGGCGAGCAUAUUUCAAGGGAGACUGAACAACUCCCAGGUGACAAAGAAUGUGAUCGUCACAGCGAGGAAUAUUACGCAGCCUUCAAUGAAAUAAAGGCAUUUAAGGCCCACUUCUGUCGACAGGACAUGCGAUCGCUCCCAAACGGGGUAGUCCAACAAACUGAGAUCACUGUAUACUUCCUAGGGAUCUGGGAUUGCGUAAAUUCAGUUGCAAUUCUCGAGCAGACAGGAUUUCUUCCAGUACCAGUGACGGGAACUGCCAGAUACGUUAGACACGCCGUCGCCGUUGAUGAACGCCGAGUCAAGUUCAAGGCCGCGCUACUCGCUCAGGAUAUUACUACCAUCGAAAAUAAUGGCGAGGACAUCAAGGAAGUCUGGUUUCCAGGUACAUAUGGUGAUGUCGGCGGAGGCUGGCCAGCAGUACCUGAAAAUGCUUUUGAUACCCAUCAGCCCAUGUCAGUAUGGCAACGUAUCAAGCACUUCUGGAUGACUCGACAUUCUGAAGGAGCUACCAAGAAUGUGCGCGAGGAUCUGUUCCAAAUGAGUGACAUACCGCUUGCCUGGAUGAUACGGGAGCUCGAGCUAAUUGGCAAGCGCGACGGACUCGCUGGGGUCAAAUGGUCCAAGAAUGUCGAGGGCUUCAAGAACAACUUCAGAGAGCGUGGCGGACUUGAAGCACUCAAGGGAAAUAUGCAUGACUCUUUGUCAUUUGGAUGUGGCACUGGGUUUUUCAAGGUUCUUCUAUAG